AUGUCUUCUUUUAUCCCAAGACCUUUUCCCCCUCUUUCCCUAGGAGACGUUCCAAUCGAGUAUAUCACCCAACAAUUACAUGCUCUCGCUCCCCAGUACUGGGACAAACCAGAAACAGCAGAUUGUACAAUAAUUGUCCCUAUACCUCAUCUCGACCCUUCCUCAACACCUUUUGACCAAGCCCACUCCUUCACUACUUCCUAUGAGCCUCAGCCUUCCUCUGCAGGACGGAGAGCGACUCAGCCUCCACUAAAUGCUGUCCCACGGAUCUCUCUUGAACUGCACAUGGAUUUCCUCUCCGCCCAUUCCACUUAUCUGCGAGGCUUAUUCAGCGGCGCUUGCCCACUUGAUCUCAUGUUUUCCCCCACUCCCCCAACCUCCACCUCUUCCAUCCCAGCGAACCGUCUCCCCCGCUUGAUGCCCUGCUCUCCUGAUCACCCUGUCCUCUUUCUCCCCGUCCCCGAUCCCUCCUCGUUCCAUCUUCUGGUCCAUUGGAUGUACUUUGGUGAUACUAGCUACAUUGGUGAUUGCCUCCAUCAAGGCAUCAUUCAAUGGGAGGGCAUCGCUCGGAACGUCGAAUACCUUGGUCUUCCCUCCGACAUCAAGGUCUUCCUCAGUCACUGGUACGACACUUGGCUAAACCCAGAUGCCGAGAGGGCAGUCGCCAGCGACGAGGACUCUGAUUCCGACACCGCAUGCAGUGAUUCUGACGACGACGACACUUGUUCAUUAACUCCAUCAGAGCUAGACCAACCCGUUGUAGCAGACCUUCAUGACGAAAAAGAGCCCUGCAGAGGCAGAACACGAGCAACCCGCCCAUUGUCUUUCCAGUCUGCGAGAACUCCCAGCCUUUGAUGCCCAACCUCUUUUUUGUAAGGCAUCACCGAAAUCUAACCUUCGAAACCUGUUUUUUUAUAAAAACCCGUUUGGACCUUCGCACGUUAUCCUUAUUCCUCUUGUUAUUUUACGGCUACAAGGGGUCCCUUUCACCACUCUCUUUUUAGCGUCGUUUUUUUUCUUCUGUGCGUUUCCCAUCUGGACAGCCCUCGCAGCUUUCAUCUGACGCCAUUCAUUGCCCCCCUUCGCCCUUCUCUUUUUUUUGCAUUGCAAUGCUAGAAUGGGAAAAUCUCUUUUUAUUAUUAUCAUACCUUGGUAAGCUUUGCGUACACGCACCCUUCGGCUUGUUUGUUGUAAAACAUACGUAUAUUAACAAUUUGUCUGUCCUU